AUGGAUUCAGAUCCCGAUGUCCCAUUGCCAUCCAUAGAGGGCGAUGGGGCAAGCAAACCCGCCCACAGCACAACCAUCACCGGCCGCCCUUCCAUCACAAAUACAUCAAUUGCGCCGCCCGUCACACCCAAGUCUAAGUCAUUAAGUCGAUCGCCUCCGAAGCUUCAGACAUCGCCUGCUGCGUCUCGUCCAUCAACCGCGCGAUCGCCGUCAGUCGCGAGUGCAAAGAGUGACAGGCAACCCUCCCCCGCCCCCGCGCUUCGGGCGCGACAAUCCCUCAACAACCUGAAGUCAUCGCGCAGUGGUACACCACAGAUGGCUCAGUUCCGUCGAGCGUCUUCGAAUCUCAACCCACUAUCGCCUGUCUCUGGUCAAAAGCAUGGCACGAUGCAGACAGCGCAGCACAAGGCUCUGACACCAAACGAAGUGGCAAAGUCAUUCUUUGCGAAAGAGAUCGAUCAACAGGUCGCACAGACGUCAGAGGUAGUAGUGAUAGUCCACGAUUCAUGCUAUGGCCACCGCUUCUCCCGUCCGAAAGCGACCAAGGCUGCCCUCAGUUCGAUUGUGGAAAGACCAGAACGCAUCCAGGCCACUCUGCUCGGCGCAUCUCUGGCAUACGUUCGUCUUGGUGGCCGACAUGCUGAUGGCAGAUAUCCGCCUCACCCCAAGAAUACUACGCCUGCUCACAGCGCCCCGUUUCACAUCAACAAGACGAAUCGAUAUGUUCCACUCAACCAUGCAGCUGUCACCGCUGUACACGGCGCCAAGUGGAUGGAGGAACUUCAGAUCAUGUGCGACACGGCAGAGGCGAAGCUGGCCAUGAAUGGAAAGGAGCUGGUCAGACCGAUCGGCUAUGGCAAGGAUGAGAAUGGCAAGUCACUUCCAAAAUUGCACGAAGGAGAUCUCUACCUUUGCUCCGAAUCACUGGCAGCACUACAGGGUUGUCUAGGAGGUGUUUGCGAGGCCGUGGACACAGUAUUCGCUGGCAAAAUCACAAAGCGGGCAUUUGUAUGCAUUCGACCACCCGGCCAUCAUUGCUCCGCGGACUUCCCGUCAGGCUUCUGCUGGCUCAACAAUGUCCACGUGGGCAUCAAGUACGCUGCGAUGACGCAUGGUCUCACACAUGCAGCGAUCAUCGACUUUGAUCUCCACCACGGUGACGGAUCUCAGAUGAUCGCAUGGGAUCAUAACACAAAGGCCAAGGAAAUGCCGAAAGGUGCGACUUCUCACAAAACCACACCCAUCGGCUACUACAGCUUACACGACAUCAAUUCAUACCCCUGCGAAUGGGGAGAUGAGGAGAAGGUCCGCAAUGCUAGUGUCUGUGUUGAGAAUGCUCAUGGUUUAUCCAUCUGGAACGUGCACCUUGAAGAGUGGAAGGACCAUGCUGAGUUUUGGAAGCUAUACGAGACGCGGUAUCUAGUCCUGCUCGAGAAGACGAGGAAAUUCCUGAGACAUCAUGCUGCGGCUAUGCGCUCAAAAGGCAUACAGCCUAAGGCGGCGAUCUUCGUCUCUGCUGGGUUCGACGCUAGCGAGUGGGAAAUGGCCGGCAUGCAACGACACGGUGUUAGUGUCCCAACCGAGUUCUACGCUCGCUUCACCUCCGACAUCGUCAAGAUUUCCAUGGAAGAAGGUACGGGUGUCGAUGGGCGGAUCAUCAGCGUACUCGAGGGCGGCUAUAGCGAUCGUGCACUGGCGAGUGGCGUCCUGAGCCAUGUUUGCGGCCUUGUCAACGAGCCUGUUACCGAUAUCAGCGGUGCAGGAGCUCGUGGACUUGGUGCCUCAAUGUCUGGCCUAACUCUUGAGUCUGUUCGUGACAGCACAUCAGCUCUCGGACCGCACGUUGACAAGUGCGAGUCCAGUUGGUGGAGUCCACAUGCAUUGGAGACUAUCGAAGCAAUCGUUGCUGGUCGUUUGCCUCCCUCGAAGGAAGUCAUCGAUAAAUCUCCGGGCAAUUACUCGUCGCCGACACAAGCUUCGAAUGCUAAGAUGACUCGCACUGCGCGAGAACGCCAGUCUCUCAACGCAGAGUUGGAGGCACGUCUCUCUUUGCUGGAACGACCUCCACCACCUCCACCAGACGUCGAAUGGGAGAUCGCAGCUUACGAGCUCUCCCAACUUAUCAUACCAGGUGAUCGUCAAAUAUCUAGCUGCCGGCACGAUGAGCUCAAUGCCGAAGCCACGAAAGCAAGACGGGCACGUCAGUCAGGAGUCGGCAUCGAGCAUGCCGAGCCAAUGCAGCUACGCGAUCGUAAAAGUAAAGCUCCAGCCUUGCCUGCUGCUGCCAUACGCUCGACUUCUCGAACGAGGAGUGAGAGUCGCAGAACGACGAUUGCUUCAUUUGCGGACUUACCUGAUCCCGAUGAGCCAGUGCCUCCACUUCCAGCACAAGUUAUCCCUCGCCCACGGAGGCGUUCGAGCGCUGGUUCGAGUAUUGUGUCAGGUUUCUCAGACAUGAAAUUGACUGAUGAGUUUAAACAACCUGCAGUUUCGGUCAAGUCGUCGCCUCGUAAGGUCGCAGCCACUGCGAAUGCUGCCAAGGGUUCGAAAGGUACUGCAACGAGAAGGACUCACACAGUGGCCACGAAGCCUCCUGCCCCGACAAAAGUUCUACCUCGGAAGGCCGUGCCUGCCUUGUCCCGUCAGACCUCAAACUCAUCGGACAAGGCUUCAACAAUCCUUCAGCAGACUUCCAGCAACCAGUCUAGACAAGCUAGUACCAACAGUGAUGCAUCUGCAGACAUGGACAAUAUCACGAGUGGUCUCAAAAAGAUCAAAUUGAAGAUGCCCACCAAAGAGCAACAUGAUCAGAACCAGAGAAAGCUUGAGGAACAAAUGCAGCAGAAGGCCAAACCGAAACCGGCGCGCAAGAUUCCUGUGCCGAGAGCAAAGGCCACCUCGGCAGCAUCGUCUGUCCCAGCAGACCACGCCACAGUCCCGUCUUCAGGUGUUUUGGUCCCUCCGACCACAAACGAUCAUGCGCUACCUGGAAAUGGCCCAGAAGUGGGCGCGAAUGAGGCAGAGGCAUCGACACAUGAAUCAAUCGGUCCGAGUCGCACCGCUCCAUCGCCCGUAAUGACACAGUCUGCUGUUCCCGAGGCUCCAACAGCGACGAGCACUGGUACGAAUGUCAAUGAGCAAGCCCCGGUCGUUGGUCAUGACACUUUUCUGGUGAUGCCACCACCUCCGCCACCAACGCAUGGUAACGUGUCGUUCUCGCAGCCUUCGGGAGAGCACAGUGCUCCGGCCAACACCUUCGCGACCCCAAAGAUGCCGCAGGAGCAACAUCCUGGCACAGUCCGAGUAGAUGAUGCGAUGAUCCAUCAUCAACACUCGCAUCCUGCACCGGCUUUUGUGCCUGCUAGCAAUCAGUGGCGCUUCGUCACGCCAAAUACAGGUCAGCCCGGCAGUGCGAAUGUCUCACGACCCAUGACACCACAGAAGUACCAGCUUCCAACGUUUACGUCGACAUCACCUAUACCCUUUGCGAAAACGCAGACAACAGGUUUACCCGAGAACAACGCGAGACAAGAGCACAGCGGGAUAUGGGAUAUCCCAGACACUCCUCGCUAG